CACAUUAGAGACUCAGGAUGACUACAUGACCACCAAAUCAGAUAAGCUGACGAAUUAAAAAGCUCAAGUGCCUUGCCGGCCACUACGAUGUACAUGAUAACAUGAACGAAAAGAACUCGAGUCAGAAACCAAAUGCUUUAUAAACGACCUCCUCCUUGGUGGUUCAGUCCCUCCACGCGCGCGUCACCAAUCCAUAUCCACCACCACCACCAGGCCAGUGACCCAGCGGCACAGCCUCAAUCGAAGCGGCACCACGAUUGACACGAUCGAUGGGCUUCCCCGUGGGGUGCUCGGAGAUGAUGCUGCCGCGGGUCCUGCUCCAGGUGCUGUUCCUCCUCGGUCACCUCCACCGCUUCCUCCUCUGGGCCUUCAACGCAGUGGGGCUCGGCGACCUCAUCGACCUCGGCGCCAACUACCCGCUGCCGGACACGACGGCGGCGCAGGAGCACCACGGGCACGAUAUGGUUACGCUGCAGCACCGGCGGCCGGAGUUCCGGCCCGUGCCGGCGGUGGUCAUCGAGGAGGCGCUCCCCGUGGUGCGGUUCGACGAGCUGGCGGAGGCGUGCGGGGACGGCGACUGCGCGGUCUGCCUCAGCAGCAUCGGCAGCGGCGACGAGGUGCGCCAGCUCAGCAACUGCCGCCACGGCUUCCACCGGGGAUGCCUCGACGGCUGGAUGGCGCACGACCAGCGCACCUGCCCGCUUUGCCGCGCGCCGCUCAUCCCCGGGGAGCUCUGGGUCGGCGCCGGCGCCGCGUCCUGGCCCGAUGCCUCCGACUAUGACAUGUUGUAUCCCACACUGCUGCCGCUGCCGUCCACGCCACUGCUGAUGGUGCCCACCCCGACGCUGCUGCGGCCGCACGAGCUGCUGCUCAACGACUUGGGCGGCUUCCAGUGAGCUGCCCGACGAUCAGUCCACCUGGUCCGUCGCAAACCGCGCCAUGCGCGGACCACACCGGUCGGUCGGUCAGACAGGCGACCGCCGCCAAAUCUGCUCAACUACUGCAGUCUGCUGCACACUGUUGGUCUCGUCUUCAACCGGCUCGGUCGGUGAAAGGCGAAUCCAAUGGCAGAGGAGAGCGCCCUGGUUUUUACAGAGGCUCCCAAAAGAAAAGACACGUAGGAAAUUAGCUAGGUUGCUGUGUAUGCCUAUCCCAUCUUCCAAUCUGUGGAGUUGUGAAUACUUUUUGCAAAUUAAAUCUGUUGAAGCGUCAGUUUUUUUAAAAAAAAUCUGUUGAAGCAUAGCAGAGUUUUGGAUCGAUCCAGUGCUUGCUCCAUUCGAGUCUUGCGCACCAACAUCUCCCAUCCACUUGUGCCUUGUAGCAAAGAAGAUCCUCCCAUCUCUGAAGACAAUUAGUAUCACUAGCGUAUCAACCUGCGUGACUGCACAGGUUAAAAAUUUAGUUUACGUCUGAAUUAUAGAUAUUUGUGUUAAUAAUGGUUGUAUGCUAAGAUACA